CGUAUUCUUGCUUCGUAUAACGUCAAAUGUCCAAGUAGCUUAACGGCUAGUACAGGGUGAAGAUUUUAUAGAUCAAUUAGUAAUUUUUUGGUGAAAAAGUGUAUAAAAAUGGCUGCGAAAAAAAAAUGGUCGAUCGCUGAAUUGGAAAGUAUGAGCCUAGCUGAUAUUUAUAAAAUUGUAGAGGAUGUAGACGAGGUACCUAGUGAUAAUGAGUCAGUACUAGAUGAUCUGGACGCUGUUAUGAGUGAUGAAAUACCCAUUACUCAAGAAAAUGCUGACCUAAAUAAUGAUCUUUUCAGUCUUCGGAAUAUGGAUGUCAUUUUUGAGGACUUGAUCGAAGAAUGCGCAGUGGGAAAGUGACGAUGAUAUUCCACUAGCUAGAAGAAAUGAUAUAUUUCUGCCUUGCUACUGGACCAAAGAUACAGUAUACAUCAACCAACCAAGCAAAUUUGAAGAAGAGGCUGGCCCCAAUUUGCCUGAUAUCAUUGAAACACCUACGGUCGUUUUUUGCACCUAUUUCCUGAAGACCUCACCGACCAUAUUGUUUUUCAAACAAACUUAUAUUGUGUACAGAAAUUUGGCGAUGGAAGAAACUUCGUUCCUACAACGAAGGAUGAAAUCAAAGUUUUCUUCGCUGUAAACUUGCUGAUGGGUGUAAAAAGGCUCCCAAUUAUAAAGAUUACUGGUCGUCAGAUGAAGUGCUCAGAGACUCAUUUAUUAGUGGCUGUAUUUCCAGAGACCGUUUCGCAUGGUUACUAAGUAAUAUUCACCUCAAUGAUAAUUCCGUACAGCCCAAAAAGGAUCAGUCAUCAUAU